GGAGAAGGUUGAACCCGCUGUUCCGACUGGCGGCGGCAGCGGCGGCGGUGGUGAUGCUGUUGCUGGUGGGUCUCGCAAGCUGCGCGCUCCGUUAGAUUGAAUAUCUCACACAGUUAUGACAUUUGCCACGACGGCUUUGCAUCUCUCUCGCUCUCGCUCUUCCACCCCUUUUUUUUUCUUGAUUCAUCCUCCUCUCUCCCUCUACAACGCUCACUCACUCACUCGGCGCGCUCUCGCUCUCUGCUGCUGCUGAUGAUUCACGCCGGGUGGUUUCAACCAGAACGGACGCCAACGCCGUCCGUCGUGCACUGAUCCAUCGGUUCGCUCUGUUCGCUCCAUCAGUCAGCAUCCGGCACUCUGGCCAACCAUAUCUGGCCUAUUUUUCAUCGCUGACCCCCCUCUUGUCGUGUUUGAUUUGGUUUUUAUUUUUAGUCCCGUGCGCGCGGGGUUAUUUAUUUGAUUGUUUUUCAAAUGUCCCGCUUUUUUUAAUAACUGAGUGACGUGUGACGAAACUGACGGGCCGAGUGUGAUUGCUUGGUCGUGCCUGUUUUUAGUGACCGCUGUGCCGCCGCAAAGUGACCCCCGAAGUGUUCAAGUUGGACGCGAUUCGUCUCAUUUUCCAUCCGUACGCGUUCCAUGCACCAAUCAUCCACCUGUCGCCCAUUGAAUAGCACGUCAUGGUCACCAGGAAUCUCCUAAGAUUCGCCGUUUUGUCUAUCCUGACUCUGAUCGUCGUCUCUUUCGUCGCAGACAGUCAUGCAGGUGGUGGCGCGGAUAACCGAAGGCCGAGCGGUGGGAAGACGCCGCUGACGAUGCGCCGUUCUGAUUUGUUGCUGAGCAGUAAUUCGCUGAUGAAUAUCCGCCGGAAGCCGGAUGAGAAGAGACGCCAGAAAGAGGACAAAUACUUCUUCAAUUCGGUGAUGGAGCGACAGCGCCGCAAACCUCGGCCGACCAGCGCCAUUUGCAAGAAUUUCCCGGGCCUCAGCAAAAAGCAGUUGGAGCUCUGCUUUCGCUACCCUGACGUCAUGUCGGCCGCCAUCGGAGGUCUGCAGUUGGCCGUUAACGAAUGCCAGUUCCAGUUCCAGAAGCACCGCUGGAACUGCUCGGCCCUGGAGAGGAAGAACCGCAAUCCUCACAGCAGCAAUUUUCUGCAGAAAGGCUAUCGAGAAACAGCGUUCGCUUACGCCGUCUCAUCUGCCGGGGUGGCGCAUUCCGUGUCCAAGGCUUGCGGCCAAGGUAAAUUGGAAUCGUGCGGAUGCGAUCCCAAGAGCCAGCGCGGUAACGGCGGUUUCGGAUCGUCGUCGACGCUGGCCGAUUGGCGCUGGAGCGGCUGCUCGCACAAUAUGGAUUUCGGCGUCAAGUUCUCGCGCUUCUUGCUCGAUUCGCGCCAGCGCGGACAGGACAUUCACUCGCGGAUUCACUUGCACAACAGCCACGUCGGCCGAACCGUAGUUGGAGCCAAUUCGGAGAUCCGAUGCAAAUGCCACGGCAUGUCCGGCAGUUGCGAGAUGAAGACUUGCUGGAAGGCGGUCCCGGAAUUCCGGCGCGUCGGCACCGUCCUCAAGGAGCGCUUCAACCAGGCCGUCUUGGUGGAUCAAUCUCAGCUGGGCAACGAGGCUGGCAGCAGCAGCAAAGGGCGGCAGUUCGCCCGGCGCAUCCGAGACACCGACCUGCUCUUCUACGAACGGUCGCCCAAUUUCUGCGAGGAGCGGCCGGACGUCGACUACCCAGGAAUCACGGGGCGACGGUGCAACAAGACGGGCGACGAGCUGGACAACUGCCAGUCGCUGUGCUGUGGGCGCGGUUACAACGUCGUCCGCCAGAAGAGGACGGAGCGCUGCCACUGUCGCUUCCACUGGUGCUGCUCCGUCGUGUGCAACAACUGCACAGUCGAGCAAUGGGUCACCGUAUGCAAAUAAAACGUCUACCCCCUUUUGAUCAUCGUUGGCCGCUAUCUCUUUGUAAUGUUUGUUCGAAUGCCCAGUUCUGUUUCAACCCUCCCCAAUAAAAACUCUUGGAUACGAUCCCCAUUCAUCCCCGUCGUGACCCUCACCAGUUGACAUUACAUAAUGAUAUAUUAUAUAUACUGUAUGAUGAUAUAUAGACUACAUUUUGCCGAAUAUACCCGGUGCUAUAUUUGCUUUUUUGUUUUCAUUGUAUUUCGUGUGAUUGUUCUAACCACCAGUAUAAACCUGACUGUCGAUCUCUCUUUGUUGAGAAAACAAUAAUAACAAAUACAUACGUGUACAGAUA